CUGGGCUCAAGGUCGCUUUCUUCAGUGGCCGGGGUCAGCCAGGGACAGCGCUGUCAUAGAGCUGCAAGACAGAUCAUUGCACACUCUGUAAAGAGAUCACACCGACAUUGGACACUUCCAGGUGUUGUGGCACAGAACUGAACAGAUCGUCAAGUCGGUGCGUUCACUUAUUUGUCUCCGUUGUUUUAGUCCCCUUGUGGAGCGAUUGCACCCAGUGCAGGGCUUCUCUCUCCACUCUUCAAGCUCAGGUUACAGACGGCUUCUGCUCUUUUCUUUUAAUGCUGUUUGACAUUACACAGUGCAGCCCAAGGACUCAAGUAAUCAAUGCACCAAUCCCAACCAGAAGACCAGAAGCUCAGUUACCAGUAUGGUCUGUCACUUAAACUCCCAUGCCCCAGGUGAUGUGGUAAAUACCAGUGACAGAAUGACUACUGAGCCAUAAUGCCAAGCAGUAUGUCAGGUUAUAUACCAAGCUAUCUGGACAAGGAUGAACUUUGUGUUGUGUGCGGUGACAAGGCCACAGGGUAUCACUAUCGUUGUAUCACUUGUGAAGGAUGUAAGGGAUUUUUCAGGAGAACCAUACAGAAAAACCUUCAUCCAGCCUACAGUUGUAAAUAUGAAGGAAAAUGCAUCAUCGACAAAGUAACAAGAAAUCAAUGUCAGGAAUGCCGGUUCAAAAAAUGUAUUGCUGUUGGCAUGGCAACUGACUUGGUGUUGGAUGAUGGCAAACGGUUAGCAAAACGUAAACUAAUAGAAGAAAACAGAGAAAAGAGACGUCGAGAGGAACUGACAAAGGUGCUUGUAAACAAACCUGAGCCAACAGAGGAGGAAUGGGAACUUAUCAAAACAGUAACGGAGGCCCACAUGGGCACUAAUGCUCAAGGAAGUCAUUGGAAACAGAAGCGAAAAUUUCUGCCUGAAGAUAUCGGGCAAGCGCCAAUAAUGAAUGCACCCGAAGGGAGCAAGGUCGACCUGGAAGCAUUCAGUGAGUUUACAAAAAUUAUCACACCCGCAAUUACAAGGGUCGUGGAUUUUGCCAAAAAGCUACCAAUGUUCUGUGAGCUGCCGUGUGAAGACCAGAUAAUUCUUCUGAAAGGCUGCUGUAUGGAAAUCAUGUCCCUUAGGGCAGCAGUUCGCUAUGACCCUGAGAGUGAGACUUUAACUUUGAAUGGUGAGAUAGCUGUCAAAAGAGAACAGUUAAAAAAUGGAGGCCUUGGUGUUGUAUCUGAUGCAAUCUUUGAUCUGGGAAUAUCUUUGUCUGCAUUCAACUUGGAUGAUAGUGAAGUGGCUCUGCUCCAGGCUGUGCUUUUGAUGUCUUCAGAUCGGCCUGGUCUUGCCAGUGCAGACAAGAUAGAAAAAAUCCAGGAAUCCUUCCUUCUUGCAUUUGAACAUUACAUCAAUUAUCGCAAGCACAAUGUUGCUCACUUUUGGCCAAAACUACUGAUGAAGGUGACAGACCUGCGAAUGAUUGGAGCCUGCCAUGCAAGCCGUUUUCUUCAUAUGAAGGUGGAAUGUCCAACAGAACUUUUUCCACCAUUAUUCCUGGAAGUCUUUGAAGAUUAGGAACCUGACUCUGAACCAGUGCACUACCCGAAUAUCUGUGAACUGCGUUAGCACUACUGAGCAAUGUUUCAUUGGACUUCACAGAGUACCUUUUCCAGAUAUGGUGAGAAACAUUCCAUUAAUGCGGGUACUAGUGAUUUUGUGAACGUAGCUUUUGUACACAUUUUUGCUUAUCUUGUGGACUAAUGUUGUUCAUGUUUGUUUUCAAGUAAGACAAUAUGGUAGAAUAUUGCUUUGUGGUAAGGAACUCCAAACUCCAGAUGUCAUAUGAAUUUUCUUUUGCAUGGAUCUUUAAUAUGACUAAAUAUGCUGCAGCUAUUGCUGCAGGCUGGCCACCAUUAUAUUAGGCUGAUCCAAUUUGAAUUUAUAUGGAAAUUACAGAGCUACUUCUUGUUCUGAAACCAAAAUGCAAGUAUGAACAAAAUAACUGAUAAGAGUUCCAACUCCUCCCCGCCCCCCCAAUAUCUGAGCUGCCUUCUUACUAUUAUUCAAUCACUGAUCAUUUAAGUACCCAGAACUGUGAAGUGCAGGUAAAAUAGAUGCAGUUGAAGUGUACAGUGUAGAUAAAAUAAACAAAUAAAUAAGCACUCAUCACAUUUCAGUACACUAUAGGAAGAAUAAAAUAGAGGGCAGAACAACACAAUAACUUGUCGUAUUAUCCUGUGGCAUUCACAUCCAUGCUGCCAAUUUCAGCACAAAGUGUAGACAUUGUGCCAUAAACCACAAUCCCAAUCAGACCGAUUGGAGGGUUAGCCAGAGAUUUCAAACAGAAAAGUUCACAGUUUUGCAGUUAGGUUUACCUUUCCAAGGUUGGAUUUGGGCCUCUAAGAAAAGAAUAUUUAGAGCCCUUCCCUGGCUUUGGCUAUGUUGCACCUGAUGUGAAAGUGUUUGAUGCUGACACUGGGAACCAGCAAGAGAAAAAUAUUCUCUCCUGACACUGCCAUCCCUUGGCCAAAAGAAAUUGUAAAGUGGCCUGCCCUUGAAUAUUCUAUUGAUAUCAAAUCUAGGAGGAGAAGAAGUACCUUUGCUAUUGCUGACAUAUUUUAUAAUAUGAUUGGUAGCUUCAACAGAUACACAUUUAAGCUGUCUUUCUGGAACACUUUAUUAGGAACAUGAUCAAUCUUACUGCACAUUUACUUACCAACUCCAAGGAAAAAUACUCAGAAAUAAUCAUUUUAUUUAGUUUAUUUCUUUUGCUUAUUACCAUACAUGAUUUCCCACAGCUUGAUAGAGCUCAUAUUUACAUGGUGCUAAUCCAUUUGUAGGUACUGCUUUAAUGCCUCCUGCAAAUUGAGCUAUAAUUUUUGCAGCUUUAUCUCUUCAAACUGUGGGAAUACAUAUUAGCAUUAAAAAUGUCAAUAUAUAUGCCUUGAUACUGAGAUCCUUACAGUGCCAUAUGGUUGUAUUCACAAUUAGCAGUAAUGCAUUCUUGCAAUUAUUCUAGUUCAUGGUUGACAUUGCUGUUGAGGACUGCAAGCCUUGUUAAUGGAGGUUCCUUCCUGGACAUUUUUCCCUGUAUUCUAACAAUAAUGGUUUCCUGAUGAAUGCACACCCUAACCUUGUAGUUUUCAAUGUACCUUUCUUUAUCUAACAAGAUUACGUUGAUUGAAAAUUGAAGUUUCAUGCACGAUUGUCUUAAAAGACCAAAGCCAGGCCUUUGAAGCAAAUGGUUGGUUCUGGCAUGACUAAACCAAAACUGUUUGUGUUUGCUUGAUCUUUUUUGCUGCCUAAAGUCCUGCUUCUACCUGGAAUGCACCAUAUAGCAAGGAACAAUAGCAAACAUAACG